UAGGAGUUUGACAACUUAUCUGUCAGUUUGUUGUUUCGUAGUCUGUUUCGUUAUGUGUCAAAUGAAUCACAGAUAUAUGGCACUCCUUUAUGAGUUAAUUCCAAAUCUUCGUUAAAAACAAAUUAGCAAAUUUUGCAUUAUUUUUUAUGGAAUGAGAGAGUUAUAAAAAAGUUUUUUUUUCUCUUCAAAUUCAUCUACAAUGAAUACGCGUAUCGGCAGUAUUGCUGUAGUAAUUGUGUUAGUACACAAUUUUGUGAUCAUUAAUGGUGCGGAAUUUGUUGGAUGCUUCCAUAAGAAUGCAUAUUUGAGGCGUCUGGAUUUGUUUUCCGGGUCACCAAACGUGUGCAUUGAUGGAUGCAAAAAUGUGUAUUAUAGAUAUGCCGUACUUGAUGGGAAUUCAUGCUUAUGCACAAGUACGCUUAACGAAAAGGAAGUAAAUUUGGACGAGUGUAAUAGACCUUGUGCGGAAGAUGCGGAUGAAUUUUGUGGUGGUGGAUACGUACAAUCUGUCUACGAUACGGAGAUCAGAGUACCAGGGCCACCGCAAAAUGCAAAUAUAAUCAAUCGAAAAGAAUCGUCAAUUUUGAUUGAAUGGUCGGAACCAGAACAAAAGGCUACACUCUCUCGAUACAUAAUACGUGCUAAUGUUGUCAAGAAUUAUGGAACAAUGCUUCCAGCGCCGCCACCAGAAUGGACGAUAGAAACCAUCGAUCACACCGUUCAAUACGAGUUGGUUAAUUUGCAUCCAGGUUCAAGAUACAACAUCUCCAUAAUAUCGUUCUCAAAUGAUUUUGGUGAAGGUGGCUCAAAAUGGAUAGUAGGCGAAACUGAUAUUGGUGUACCAGAACCGCCGCCUCCAUCGGCAAACAUUUUGAAUCAUAAUGGUAAAACGAUGACAGUCGAAAUUCCGUCUCUUGUAAAUAAUAAUGGGCCAAUCACUGCCAUUCAUGUGGUAGUGAUAUUUGUCGACUCCGAAUUGUUCCAACAAUUCGACGAAAACCUGCUAAAGGACCAUAAACAUGCGUCUGAAGAUGGUUUGAACUACUAUAUAACUGCUUCAUUGGACAAUGAGAGUACAACACGAAAGUUUGUUAUUGGUAAUGGACUGAAUUAUGGCGGUUAUGAUAAUGUACCAUUGCCAACUGACCGACACAUUCAUGUAGCAUUGGGUGUAUUGUCAAAACUCGGAAACACUACGAAAACCCUUUACACAAGAGAGGCAAUGCAUGAGAAAACAGCACCGAUUGCAAUAGACAUUGGAAACGAUGGUGGACGUGAUGGUGUCGAAUUCAUGCUUCUUAUCGGUUGCGGUUUUCUCGGCAUUUUGCUGAUAUUCAGUGUAGUGGGUUACACGUACUUGCGCCUGAAAAUGGGAUCACGUUUGCAACGUUUACCAUCGGAUCAUCAUGAGUUGACUGUCCAAGGGCCAAUGAUGGAAGUGGAGAAUAAUGACGCUUAUCAACCAGACGGAUUUUCGAAAAAAAGUUUCGAUCAAAAUAUAUCUGAUAUCCUUGAUCAAGUUGAACCGAGUAAAAAUCAUCCCAGAAAUAAUGUUAAACUUGACGUUAAUAAAUUGAUUGCAACUGGCCAAUAUGGUGACAUAAUUGGUGGAAAAUUAAAUGCUACACCAUGUCAUGUGCACGUAGUUUCAGAUGAUAUGGAUACACUGUGUCAAAAUCAGUUUUUAAGAGAAUUGAGUGGCUUACUCAAGCUCAGUUUCCACAAAAAUUUGGUCGACUUCUACGGAUUUUGUCAAUCAGCCAACUGGCUAUAUUUACUGUUUGAAGAAACGCAUACAUCAUUGAAGACCGUGUUGGUUGGUUCACGGACGACACCCGAUUCAAAGGACUUGUCCUCACUUUCGGAAUUAUUCAUAUUACAAACUCUGUGUGAACUAUCAGCUGCAAUGGAAUUUAUCAGCAAUCAAGAGGUUAUCCAUGGCAAGCUGAGCACUCAUAACAUUUUCAUGACAAGUGCUAACAUUCCAAAAAUAUCAUUCUUCGGCAUGUGCUUUGACAGUAAUGGAAAGAAAAUCGAUACAAGUCGUUUUAGCGCACCCGAAGUUUUACGGUUCCAGCAUCUAUGUAUUCAGAGCGACAUUUGGUCAUUUGGAUGUCUCAUUUGGGAAUGCUGUUCAUUGGGCGGAACAUUAUUCCCAAGCAUCAGUUCAAAUGAGUUGAUGAGUCGAAUUAAAGAAGGUGCACGACCCGAACGCAUUCCCUACAUCCAUAAUGAUAUGCAUCAAUUAUUGCUCAACUGCUGGCAAAUCGAGCCCAGCGAACGACCAACAUUUUCCGAAAUAACAUCGAUUUUAUGGCAAUUUCUAUCAUCACCCCAGCAUAUACUCUCAUUUAAAAGACGAGGAGGUUACACAUUGCCAUACUAUUUACCACUGCUGGAAGAACAAAAUGCUUGAUUCAAUUCUCUUCCGUUCAAGCAUGAUUUUAUUGCAUUUUACCAUCAUAGAUAUGACAUCGACCAUUCCAUGAACAAGUCAUAUAUUAAGUGCCUUUCAUUAGGGUAGGAUCAUUUUCACCGUAACAAAGUAUCAUUUUUUUAAACGAUGAUUUCACAAUUGACACCGUCUUAAAAGACUAUCUCAUGCUAGUAAACAUAUUACAGCGGUAAUCGAGUUUCAAUAAUGUUGAAGAUAGCAGGUUUUAACAGCUUUUAUUUAAAAAAAAAAUGACUAAACAAGCAAUUUACUUGUCUAUAAACUAAAUUGCCAGUUUGCAAGGUGUUUAUAACAGUCUAAUUAAACCACCUUUAACUAUCAAUUUAGUUGAUAACUGUUGAUUGUAAAAAUGACUUAGUAGCUAGUAAUUUAUUUUUUCAUUAACCCAUUCAAAGCCGUGAUCUCUUUUUUCAAUUUUUUCCUGCAAAGUUCUAAAAAUUUGGCUUAAAUGCAAACAAAAUAUAAAAAAAUCGAUUCAAUUUUAAGUCUUUGAUAAAGGUGAGCAUGCAUACUUUUGGAUUAUAGUGCGACCGAUUGAAAAUUCAUAAGAUUUUCCGUGGAAAACCUUGAUUUCGUCACGACGUAUUUUUUCAAUACAAACACAAGAAAAACCAUGGAAAGAUUGUUUUUUUCAUGUUUUUUGUUGUCAAUGUUAAUUUUGAGAUCAAAAGAUAUGUAUCUGUACAUGCUUGGCUUCAAAACUUCAUUCCGAAAUAAAAUAAUAAUCGAGUUGUUUGAAAA